AUGGUCAAACCCUGGGAGGAUGACGAUAUAGACUCCUCGGAGGGUCCAAGGCCAGACGGGAUCCGGGAGGAUCCUCCAGCCUGGAGCAAGCCAGAGAAUGGCCCCCAAAGCCCGGAGCUUUCCGAGAGACAGCUCAUCUCCGGAGGAAAAAUUGCCGGUGGUGGAGAAUCCCCCACGAUCCGACCAGGUACUGACGUGGCGCUGUCUCUUAGCAACUGCCUCCGCAUCUCUGAGCAACGGGGGAGCUGGCUGCAGACCCCACUGAGCCGAGAGAGGGAAAAAGGAAGAAGAUCACGGCAGGGAUCAGUGCCGCCCACGAGGACCUCGGGGCACAGGGAGAGACAGACACACACACACAGGAUCCCACCAGUUUUCAAGGGCCGCUCCAGAGGGUGGGCGGCAUCAACACAGACAUCCCAGCUGGCUCUCAUUAGUCGGGGAAGAAACUCAGCACUGGCUGCUUCAAACACACUGGCCUCCGCUCCUUUGCUUCCUGGCGGACACAGCACAGACAUCUCAGCACAGGAACCAGAAGCAGCCAGCACCAUCGGUCUCUGGGAGGGGGGGUCAGAGCCAAGGGCCCUAUCUCUGCACCCCAUGCCAGCCAGACUAACCCACACACCCAGAAGCUCACUGCAGCUCUGCAGCCGGCCUUGCCUCCAGCCUUUGUCCAGCUCCCCGGGCAAAAGGUGUCACCUGGUUAGACAUCCUCCCAGGCUUAGGUUACAGAAAGCAUCGGCCCUUGUGUACAUUUGGGAGACACCCACCCCGAAAUUCCCAUGCCCAUCCAGGGAUUGGUGCAGUGCCCAGGGAAACUGAGGCCCACCCACAAGGUUACUACAGAACAAAGAAAUGACACACGACAUAAAGCACACAGAGUGAACCCAGUCCCCGCUGCAUCACACCUUUGUGAUGGGGGUGUUGUGCGUCUGUGAGGGGGUUGGUGUCUUUCUGCGGGUGGGUGUUGGGAUGUUGUUUGUGUGUCU